AUGGUCAAAACCGGCGCCACGAAGCUCUGGCAACGACUUCCCAUCCACCUCUCCACAACCCUCUCCAACGCCACCCUUACCCCCAAUGUAGUCUUCUACUCCGACUUCCCCACCACCAUCGCCUCGCACCCCGUCACCGACGUCCUCGCCAACGCGUCCAGCCAGCUCAAAAACUCGCCAGACUUCCAGACCUGGCACGGCAUCCGGCGUGCCGCCAACGAUGACAACUGGUACCUGGACCAGCAGGGCGAGGAGGCGACGUACAUCGAGGGCGCGUGGCGGCUGGACAAGUACAAGUUCGUGCCCAUGGUGGCGCACGCGGCCCGCAACUACCCGGGCAAGGCGUGGUACGUCUUCAUGGAGGACGACACGUUUUACUUCUGGGAGUCGCUGUACGCAUGGCUGGCGUCGUUCGAUCCGGCUGAGAAUGUCUACGUGGGCGGGCCGGCGUCGCGGCUGGGCGAGGACUUUGCUCAUGGUGGGAGCGGGUUCGCUUUGUCCAGAGGGGCGAUGGAGAAGGCGUUUGGUGGGGCACAGGCUGAUGCGAAGGCGUUGACGAAGUGGGAUGAGUACAGCCUGGAGCAUGGCUGUGGUGACCAUAUUCUCUCCCAUGUCCUGGCGAGUAAAGGGGUCAAGCGGAGGAAGGACUUUGACGGAACGGGGCUCAUGCCUAUGCAGGCUUUGCCGCUGUGGCAGUUGCCGUUUGGGGGGUGGGAUUGGUGUUCGCCGCUAUUCACUGUGCAUAAGGUGCAUGCCCAGGAUGUGUCGAUGCUUUGGGAAUGGGAGAAGGAAUUUAAAGCAAAGAAGGGAGGGUCUGUCCGCUACAAGGACGUUUUCGCGGAUCUGGUGGAGCCGAAGCUUUCUGACGUUCAGGUUGAGUGGGAUAACUUUUCGGAUGAGAAGCGUUACUCUGCAACAUUGGAAGACAGCGCAGGCGAGACCUUGACAGACCAAGAGCGCUCGGCCAAACCGUGGUUCAACAAGGCGGCCUGCGAAAAAGCCUGUCAUCAGUGGGAUAAGUGCCUGCAGUGGCGUUAUAUCGACAACGACUGCUACCAUAGCAGUGUGGUAAAGCAGGGUCGCCGCAUCAACUCUGGCAUUAAGAUGACAAGCGGGUGGAUGCUACAAAGGAUUAAGAAAUUGAGGGAGAAGGACUGCGAUGCUCUUCCAUGGCCGGAGUUAUGA